GACUACGUCGACGAAACUGGAGCGAAGUGCAGUUUCAAAAAAUCAGACAGCAACGAGGCGACCCCUAGCGGCCUGGAGACGUGCUACGCAUGCUCACUCCCCUCUUCAUCCCUUCGUCUUCCUCGCUCCCUCUUUUUAUGGAACACUGUUACGGGAGCGCAGCCCGCUGGCAAAAAGGAAACCGUCGAGAAGCGGACAACAAACAAAAAAAAAGACACGCUCAAAUUAAGGUUUAAUUCGCGUGCAACAGUUUUUUUUUUUUUUUUAUCAAUUUUCCGCUAAUUUGCCGUAAUCCCUUUUCCAUCACAUUUCCGACUGUUAUUGCGCGCCUGUGUCGUGUAAUGCGCUAGUAUAGUGGUCAGAAAAACCCCAGCAGCAAAUUGUAAGGGAUGGCAGAGGCGGAUUUACAAACCUUUACUUCCAUAAUGGACGCACUGGUUCGAAUCAGCUCCAACAUGAAGAGCAUGGAGCGUGAGCUGCAGUGCCCAGUGUGUAAGGAGAUGGUGAAGCAACCCAUCAUCUUGCCUUGCCAGCACAGUGUGUGCCUGUUAUGUGCCUCUGAGGUCUUGGUGCAGAGUGGCUACCCAGCCCCAGACUUGCCUCCAGAGCCCAAUUCACCUGCCUCCACACCGAACACCCGCUCACCACGGCAGGGACGAAGGCCUCCGCCAAAGGUGGACCGCAUCGACCGCGUUCUGCGAGCAGGAUUCGGUACUUUUCCAGGGAGGAGGCGAAAAGAGGGUCCUCCUCCGAACAUGCUGUUCCCCUGUCCGUCCUGUCAGAAGGAGGUAGAGCUGGGGGAAAGAGGGCUGGCCGAUUGCUUGCGUAACCUCACCCUGGAGCGUAUUGUGGAGAGGUACAGACAUACAGUGAGCCUGGGAACAGUGGCUGUCAUGUGUCAGUUCUGCAAGCCCCCGCAGUCACUGGAGGCCACCAAGGGCUGUGCCGACUGCCGGUCCAACUUCUGCAAUGAGUGCUUCAAGCUUUACCACCCAUGGGGGACGCCUCGCGCCCAACAUGAGCACGUGCAGCCCACACUCAGCUUUAGGCCCAAGGUGCUGACCUGUCCAGAACAUGAGCAAGAGCGCCUGCAUUUCUACUGCAAGUCCUGCCAGCGGUUACUGUGUCCACUGUGCAAGCUACGACGCAUCCACGCAGGCCACAAAGUGACCCCCGUGGCCCAGGCCUGCCAGGCGCUUAAGGAGAAAAUCACCAAGGGGAUCAACUACAUCCUGGCAAAUCAGGAGACGGUGCAAGCUCAGAUCACUCAGCUGGAGAAUGCGAUCACACAGACAGAGGUGAAUAGUGCCACUGCACAGGAGCAGCUGGCACAGAGUGUGCGGGAGCUGGGUGCGGUGCUUGCUGAGCGGCAGGGUGUCCUGACGCAGGCUCUCGAGGCGGCACGGCUGAGACGUGGGGAGGCCCUAUCAGCUCAAGUGACGGAGAAGCGAAGCUUGUUGGAACACGCUGGCUUGCUGGCCUUCUCCCAGGAGCUCCUCAAGGAAACAGACCCACCAUGUUUCGUGCAGGCUGCACGACUCACCCACAAUAGAUUAGUGAAAGCCAUCGAGAACCUGCAGUGCUUCUCUCUGUCUGCUGAUCCCUCCUUCCGACACUUCCAGCUCGACAUCUCCCGAGAGCUCAAGCUGCUCAACAGCCUAGAUUUCAUUCGAGCCCCACUGGCCCCAGUGAUCGACACACAGCGCACCCUGGCCUAUGACCAGCUCUUUCUGUGCUGGCGCCUACCCCAGGACUCUGCACCGGCCUGGCACUUCUCUGUGGAGUUCCGGCGUCGCGAGGGUGGACCGGGAAGCAUGUGGGGUGGUGCUCGGGGUGCUGGGGGAGGAUCAGGCAGCGGGGGCCACUGGGGCUGGCAGCGGCUGGAAGAGGUGAGCGGCACAAGCACGGUGAUCGAGAGGCUGGAAAUGGACUGUGUGUACGUGCUGAGGGUGAGGGGCUGCAACAAGGCAGGCUUCGGGGAGUACAGCGAGGAGGUCUACUUGCAUACCCCGCCUGCAGCAGUGUUGAAUUUCUAUCUGGACUCACGGUGGGGCCUGCACUCUGACCGCCUGGUGGUGAGUAAGGAGCAGCGCUGUGCUCGCAGCGUCCCCGGCCUGUCCCUGCUGCAGGCCGCAGACCGCGCCCUCACGUCUUGUCACCUGACCUCGGAUCUGCUCGUCGGAGACGUGGCCAUCACCCAGGGGAAACACUACUGGGCGUGCUCCGUGGAGCCUGGCUCGUACCUGGUUAAGGUGGGAGUCGGCUUGGAGUCCAGACUGCAGGAGUGGUUCCACCUGCCCCAGGACAUGGCCAGCCCACGUUAUGACCCGGACAGCGGCCACGACAGCGGUGCCGAGGAUGCCCUGGACUCCCCUCCUCCCUUCGCCUUCCUCACCAUGGGCAUGGGCAAGGUUCUUCUGCCCCACGGGCCCAAUUCCCACAAUUGCCCCAGCAACGCUACCAGUCCCCGGGAGCCUUCUUGUCACUCGAGCACCAACAGCACCCAGCCCACACCCAUGGCGUUCACGGCCCCCCUGCCGCCACGGCUAGGGGUGUGUUUGGACUUUGAGAAGGGCCGCGUCACGUUCUAUGAUGCCCACUCCCUGCGCUCCCUGUGGGAGGGGCCAGUUGAUUGUUCUGGCCCAGUCUGCCCAGCGUUCUGUUUCAUUGGUGGAGGUGCACUGCAGCUGCAGGAAUUGGUGGCCAAUCGUGCGGCGGAGCAGCCGCCAGCCAGGAGAGUCACCAUCCAAUCGCGAGUCACUCACCUGAGUAACUGAGAUGAUCGACAGGCAAGUUCAUAAGCAUCCGCAUACCGGUAGUAGUUGUCAUCGCUGGGAGAUGUCCAGCCUAAGUCACCUCAAAGUUGGUUUGUUUUUUUAUAAUUGAUUUAUUACAAAUGAUUCUGUUUUUAGAAUGUAAAAUAUCAAUAUUUUACCGAAUCUGUUUGUUACAUUUAUUUUGACUAGAUUUUUCAUUCAAGAUCUACCUUAGGGUGUGGGUUGCAGAUUAAAUUUCUGUGAGCAUCAGCGAACAUGCUGUGUGUCCAUAUACACGGUAUCUGUUUAUAUGCAAGGACAAUUAUUUGCCCGGGAGUUCAAAUAGUCCGUGUCCGAGUUUAUAUGCGCAGGCUCCGCUCUCCGGAUACUUAUUUAUACCGUUGCGAGCGACAGCACCGAAAUAGGCCAAUGAGCGACACUCACACGCUAGUGUGCCACCGCACGCACUCCUCAUUCUGUCAGCCGAAGAGAAACCAAAAAGCCAACAUUGAGUCCAUUCCAUUUGUACUCAAGCAACCAACAAGUGCAUAGAUUUCUUAACUAGUGAGUGUAUUCUAACUGAGAGCAAUCUGAUACUGUACGUAAACAACCUAAACUUGUGUUAGGCUUUUGACUACUUUUUUCAGCUUCCUUGACAUGUAUGUUUAAUAACAAAUACUGGCAGUUUAUUAUUUUCAAAGGUCAAUAGCUUGCCAUUGUUGCAACUUCCAUUGUUACGCUUCAACCCUAGUUUGGGGGAUUGCAAGAUACCAGUCCUGCUUCAAUAGGUGAUCAGUUGUUAUUCUUUAUUUAAUGGGAUGCUGCUGUGCCUGUGGGUAGGUGCAAGUUGCUGGGACUUGACCAUUUUAAAGAGCAAAUGCUAUACCCCACAGCAUGAACAACUGGGGAACAAACCGUACAAGUAUGAAAGCAGAACUAAUAUCCCGAAUUACUACAAAGAUGUGAAUGCAAAGAAUAAAUCUGUUACGGUUAAGUCUGUUUUCACUUCACAAGGGGCCGCACUUGACGCGAUCGGUGCACGAGACUUCAUAACGGAACGUGAAGACACCUUAAUGGGAAAAAAUACACGUGAUGUGUUUUGCUAUGUGUUUCUUGUGUGUGCGCUAGUGUGUUUGGUGCGGGGAGGAGCGAGUGAAGCAGAGACCACAAUUCCGUUUGUCACAUUAAGUCCUGCUUUGAUCGCUGGUCUGCAGUUUUAAUGGGGGAAAAAUAACAAAAGGUUUAGGUAACUGAUUGUGUGGUGCCUGAAUGACUCUAGACUGUAGCAUUUUGGUAACAAUUUAGACUUUGCCUUGCUGGCACAAUGUUUGUAAAGUGAUGAU